CUGGAGAGUCACGGAUUGCGCAAAGCGAUGAGGUUGUUUGUGUUCGGAAUAGACAGAAACUGUCGGGACACUUUCUAAGAAUGUGUGCUUUCUUACACCACGUGAUCGGGACCCCGAACGUGGAGCGAGAAACAACUGUGCAGCGCUACCCCUGGGAGACGGUGAUCAAGGCGGCCAUGAGGAAGUACCCGAACCCCAUGAACCCCAGCGUGGUGGGUGUGGACGUCCUCGACCGGAACCUGGAUACCCACGGUCGCCUGCAUAGCCAUCGCCUCCUCAGCACCGAGUGGGGUCUGCCGGGCAUCGUCCGAGCGAUUUUGGGAACAAACAGGACAUUGACGUACAUUAAGGAGCACUCCAUCGUGGAUCCAGACGAGAAGAAAAUGGAGCUCUGUUCCACCAAUAUAACGCUGACCAAUUUGGUGUCAGUCGACGAGAGACUCGUUUAUAGGCCCCACCCUGAAAAUCCAGAUGUCACUGUGUUGACCCAAGAGGCCAUCAUCACCGUGAAGGGCGUCAGCCUCAGCAGCUACCUGGAGGGCCUGAUGGCUCUCACCAUGUCGGCCAACGCCAGGAAGAGUCUCAAACCCCCACGAAGUACGAGAACGUGACACAACGGACCUCAACUCUGACCGGAAACCACCAAGAGCCCAGGAGCGGAGCCAGCGCCACGGUCACGAUCACGGGCUCCCUGCGGUCCGCAGAGAUGCCGCGUCGGCCUCGCCCAAGGAGCGGGGAGGGGCUUGGCUACACGUACACUUCCUCACAAUUCACCAGCGGGGGCCACUUCCAAGUCCCGGGUUCUGUUCUUCUGGGGGGGUUUUCCACUCUCGACGCAUCACGCCACCCAAUGCUCGCGUGAGCCGGCUACUCAACGUUUUCAUACCGUGUUUACGUUUUUUUUUUGGUUGUUGUUUUCCGCAGUUUAAGCGCUUUUGCUGCGCAUGUUUUUUAUUAUGUCGACAUUGAUUUUCCCGCAUGAAGUAAAACCUACUUGGUUUGUUAAAAGGGAAGUCGAACUGAAACGACGACGACGACAACAACAACAACCGUCACACCCACGUACCUCUGCCCUCCUCAAACGCACUUUUAAUUGGGAACUCAUGUCACCCAUGGAAAGUUCUCCAUUUUUCUCCAUAGCACCUGUUGCUUGUAUGAAGUUCUUUUUUUUUUCCUUGGUUCAUUCCUUGAACUUCACAUUCAGUGUCUCAUUUCCUUUUUUUUCCUUAUUUUUUUACACACAUUUUUCCAGUGGAUAUACACGUAAUAGUAGAGGACUACUUACUGUGCUUGAAUCCCUGACCCCGAACACUGGAAGUAAAAUCAUGGUGAGAUUACCUCGACAAAUAGCACGUUACCUCUCGAUGGCAAGGCUUGAAGAAACACGACUAAGCGUCAACCGCUCGUUACUUUGUCGCCGCGCUACUCAUCUUCCAUAUUUUUGUGAUGUUACAUGCGAGACUCUAGAAGGCCAGUAUUGCUGCUUAGAUUUAAGAAACCUGCUACAAUGUGUGUGUGUGUGUGUGUGUGUGUGUGUGUGGGUGGGGCAAGGUGAAGAACCCUGCUCAGUGCUGGGCUCCAGUUUAACACAGAAAAGUGAACAGAUGAUGGUCUGAUGUGAUUUUUUUUUUUUUUUUUUUUUUUUUGUCAUUUUUGGGGCCGUUAAAGAGCCCGCUGCAUGCGCUUUAUUAUACGCUGUUAGAGGUGAUGAAAUUUUUUCUGCAAUGUUUUCCAUGUGUCAUCAGGCUGUUUCCACCCUGCGAAAUGUACAAGUGUGUGGGUUUGUCUGCCGGGGGUUGGCGACAGUGGGCAGGAUAGAAUUUGGUUUAGUAGUCCUGCUAUUGUUGAAAGCCCAACUUCCUGUCAGGUGCCCCCACCCUGACGGCGUGACAGACCAAACCAGUGAUGGUCUGGUCUGUUAUAAUCAGACCAGUUAUGGGCAUGGAUGAUGGCUUCUCAGGUGAGGGAACUUGGCAGGACUUGCGAGCAUUUCAUAUCGCUGGGUUUUCCACAUGACACAUGUGGUGCAUACCUGUGGUCACCUCGACUUCCUGUUUUUUCUCCUCGGACCGCGGUCGCUGACGCGGCUGGCGGCUGAUGUAAAUGUCACCGUGAGCCGUCAAUGUCGCUCCGGCAGGGAGUGCCAGGGGCCGCAGGUCCCCGACCCGUGAAGGCCUGUCGCAGCGGGGGCUUUCGGACCCCAGUUUUGCCCUCCGUCCACGAGCGGGACUGGAGCCGUGAGCCCCGGGAAAAGAGGCCGGAGGUCCCCGGUCCCUCACCGGGACACACCUUCUUCUCCCUCCUCCUCUCUGGGCUCCCGUGCCCCUGAUCGCACUCGUGAGCUGCGGAACCUUCCAGAGCACGUCGAGGGCUUUGCAGGGAAAUCACCCAGGAGGCCGCAUUGCUGCAGAUGUCGAGAGAGAGCAGAACAACCAGCUGCCGCGUGUCCGCUUGGGGCCGCUGUUGGACGGCAUAAAUCUGAUGUAACUCCUGCUUUGUCUUUCCGUUUCUCUGAAUUGCGUUCUCUGAAUGUACCGUAUGUAAAAUAAAAAUUUUAAUGUAGACUGAAUUCGAAAAUUUAACUUACCUUUGGCUGAACACACCAAUACCUAAUUGUUGGGAGUUUGACCUGGACCCCGUUGUUUAUGAGCAAACUUGUUGGAUGUCUGCGGUUUUAUUUUGAAAAUAUGCUUUUCCCCUUCAGCUGUAUUGGAUCGCUGACAUGAAACCAUCACAGUGCGAAAUGUUUGGUUUGGGCACUGGUUAUUAGAAGAGAGGUUAAUAAAUCGUUGUCCGAUUAAUCCAAUGGGUAUUUGCAUACAGUGCUCAUUUAAGGGGUGAUUUUUGGAUUAUAAAUACUACCAUUAACUGCCUCCUCCAAGUUUAUGAUAGUUUAAAAAGAAAAAUUAAGCAAAAUUUCUG